ACCACAAACCCCGUUCGGCGCGGAAGCUAAACGGGCCCAUGCCGCCCGGCACGGCCUCCCCGCCGACGCCGUCGCCCAGGGUCGCAUAUCGCAACCUGCUCAAGGGGGAGAAGAAGACAUGGCUGCUUUUGACGGAUUAUAUGCCGCUCCCGUCGGCAUCCUGCCGUUAUUCUUAGCCUGCUCCGUUUCUCCUCUAGGCAGCUUGUCCGACACUACACAAGGGCCGGCGGUUUCUUUUGGAUUCCCGUUGAUGACUAGCGAAAUUGAAGGCAGAAUAUCCAACUACAACAGGCCGGCUAUAGCAUCGUCGAUUAUGCUGUCCUCAAUCCACCCCGACACGAAACUAGCUCUCACACCUCGAAACAAUGAUUCAGGAUCCCGAGUCCGAAGUUGGCACAGCACCCUCGUCACAGACAGAAGCACGUUCCAAUUUUGCCCGGGUAGACCCAGUGAGCCGUGUGCCUGGACGAACCCCCUUCUUUCAUUGCGUCCCCCAAUCUACUUGGAUUGCCCACCACUUCAACUCGAUGUAGUGGGAGAAAGUCCCCAAGAUAGAACAUCCAAACCACCACAACCAUGACCGCACACCACCCGUUCAGCAUAGCAAACCUUGUUCUGCCACACUGGUCUGCUUAUUCACUCUCUAAAUUCCGCUCCUUUUGCAUCCUUGUUUUCCUGCGCUCAUGGGCUUUGUCCUUAUUCCCUUCCUAGCACCAGCCUGUCUGUUCGCGCCCUGGAAUAUGCAUUAUUCGCACUGAUGGCAAGGCACAGAGAACUCCAUUCUUUGCAGUAAUCUGUCAAUCGGACGCCGUUAUGUGGGCGGUA